GCCUUAGCUACUAGAGAUAAAAUAGGAAAACUUUUCCAUCCCUGGGUUCUCUUCUCAUCUUCUUGAACAGUUGGUCUGAAGAGGAAGAGUUCAGUAUGAAUGCAAUCGAAUGUUGCAAUGGAAAUUUCCAAUCAGCAUUCAUCCUCUCCUCUUCAGCUCUCCAGAAACAGGCAAAAUCUCACCCUAAUUUCGCCCCAAGCAAAGCCACGCAGCGGAGAAAGCUCGCCUUGAGAGCUUGUGCAGGCCAAGGAGGAAAGAAGAGUUUCUUGAGUCUGGAAGAAGCUGGACUGGUCGAAAUCUCUGGCCUCAGCACGCACGAGAGAUUUCUCUGCCGUCUGACGAUAUCUUCUCUGAACCUGCUGAGAGUGAUAGCAGAGCAAGAAGAGUGUUCGAUCGAAGACCUGAAUGCGGGGAGGGUAUGUGACUGGUUUGUGAAGGACAAGCUCAAGAGAGAGCAGAACCCGGAGUCUGCUGUUCUUCAAUGGGAUGAUUCUGAUGAGUUUCAAUUCUAAGCCUUUUUGUUUAUUUUUCGGCUCCCAACUGGUGAAGGGAAGGGCCCUUGAAUUUUGUCGUAUUUUUAUAUUUAUUAUAUAUAUAUAUAUGCAUGUAAUGUAUGUAUGUCCAUCAAACCUAAUUGCCUCUGGAAUUGCAGAGACAGUUAAGCUUAAAUCAUUUAUUUAUUUACAAUUUUAUUGGUUCAUAUUUCAGCUUAUUUAU